GAAUCUUUGUAACCCUAAAUUUGAGGUUAGUGACGUGUUGACGAGAACAGUUUCUGUUGUUGACGACGAAACUCGGCGGAAAGAGACAAAGAGGUCAACCGAGAUGGAUUGGUCAACCACUAUUGUGUUGGUGCAUUACCCUCUGCAGAGAUGGUUCCUUCCGUCAUGACAGGGACAAGGAGGUUCCUUAUCGCUAUCCUUCUUCCGCCACUAGCAGGAGCAUUUGUCACGCAUCUCAACUGGAGCCCAGGUCGAGUUCUCCCCACGAGUUUCGAAGCUUCCAGCUCGUACUUGAAACCCAAGAUCCCAGGACCCACUACGGUGCUGCAAUCGCAAAGAUUGACAGUCGAAGUGGAUGCUAGCCUGGAUGAUGAAAAGGUCCGAGCCCUGUUUGCAUGGAUUGCCAGAGCCUACGCUGGCGAAUAUGAAUACAACAAUUUGAUGCUGGCCAUUGCUGCCAUUUUUGGAAACCUUCCGCCCGAUUCCGAGCCUGUUUUAUUGGCAGAGAAGGCACUGAAGUUGCUACCCGAGGAUGCCGAAGAAACGCCUUGUGGCGAACCAUUUUCUCUCUAUGAACGUGAAUCGAAUUCUUUGGGAGCCAUGGGAGCAGCUCAGUGGUCAGGAAGGUGGAAAACACGGCCUCAUGCCUUGCUUCAGAUACAAAAUCUGACACAUGUCGAUGAGUGGAUCAAGGGUUUGCCUCGAGGUUGUCGACGAACCUUGAAACGAGCAGUUGCAUUGGAAGAAGGGGGCAAUUUUACUGUUCGGACGCUACCUAUUUAUGGCAAUCAACCCGCACCGCAUUCCUGUUUGGCUCAUUUUCGCUGCGUGGUGGCACACGAAGUAAGAUUGCUCGCCAAUGCAAGAGAUGGAGCUGACGUGUCGGAUUUCUUUUCAGCCUUGGGAGAGGCAGUCGGAAGAUACAUGGGAACAACUCGCAUGGCUGGAGAGAUCAGAGAAUACAGCAAUAGUACCACCGGAAAAGUCAUUGCUGUGGCUCAUGAAGUCCGCAAAGGUAGAACCACUCGAGGCCAGUGGUUCUAUUGUACGGAUGAAGCGGCCAAGAACUACAUUUGGUUCCAUUCUGUAUAUGAUUUGGUGCGUCGGUCCAUUGAGGCUGAUGGCGUCGAUGUGGUAGACUUGGGACCCAGCGGAUCCGAUGCUUUUAGCGAACUGAAGGAGCGCUACGGAUUUCUAUCCGUGGAUGAUUGGCCCGCUGUGGCAGACUAUGAAGGACCGUUUUGGUACAACCAAACUGGGACUCCGAAAAAAGGUCUUACUGGACUAGCAUCAUUCCUGGAACGGCAAUUGGGCAUUGACUGAGGACACAAGGCAUGACAACAUGUUAGAACGACCCGUAGCUUGCUUUCUUGCUCCCUGUCAAAACGUGUAGAUACUUUGCUUUCUGGUUCAAUCGAAUCCAUACUUUUUAGGACAGUCCAUGAGCACAGAAAAGUUCUCAAUUUUGAAUUCAAUAAUUACCACACAAAGCGAAUAACACUAGCUAGUUACAGUGGUUCUGUCGUGGUUCUCCGAACAAUCAUGGCUUCAGCAACGUUUAGUCCGCACCAGAUUGCAGAGGACGCAUUAUUGAUCCAAAGUAGCUACUGGCCCUUAACGGUAACGAUGUUGCUAUGACUUUGCUACCUUAACCUACCGGUAUCAGCACAGCCUCCAUCUAUUCGUGACAGAAGCAAAGGCAACCCAAGACACUUUCAAACAGAAACCAUGUCACGAUACGAUGGAAAACGAAUACCAGCGUGAAACUCGAGGGUGUUUCUGGGGACGUUCCGUCGUUUCAUCAUCAGACGUGGGAGUGGGGCUAACGGAGUGAGACAAAACCUUCGCUGCACAAUUGGAUGCUUCCUCUUCGGCCUCCAAGCUAAUGAGUGCUGCAUCCAUCAUUUGGAUUCAAUCAACCAAUUCAGAUACUGUGACAAUCCCAUUUGAAAUGAAACCAUUGAAGAACAUUUGCAUCAUGCGACAAUACCAUUGUGCAUUGAUUAAUCUAAGGAUCUAAGAGAUGUAAAGUUUGUAUUUCCAAAUAAGUG